UUCAGCUCUCUCUCUCUCUACCCGAGACUCUCUCUCUCUAGACUCUCGCCGGAAAUCGCCGCCGCCGCCUAGCCGCAGCACCGCCGCCGGUCGCCGCCGUCGCCGGAAUCCGGAUUUCAACCAAAAUUUCCAGAUUUUCUCCUCUUCCUUCCCUCUUUCCAUUUCUCCAACCAAAAUCAUGAAAUUUAGCCAUUUAAUCCCCCAAAAACCCUAGAACCCGAAGCUAAAAUUGGGGCUUUUGUGAUUUCUUCUUUCCAAGCUCAAAUCAAGCUAGGCUAUGGGUUUGACAAGGAUUUGUGGUGAAGAAGGCCAUGGAGGAAGCUUAGGCCGUGAGUUUUGAAGAAGAAAGGGAAACACGAUCGUUAAGGAAGCUUAAGCGGAAAGCACCAGAGUGUGGAAUACGCCGGCAUUUCCAGGUAGGGUGAGCUGUCCCUUCCUUGUUAGAGGCUUUUCGUUAUAUGUGGAAUGCUCUAGUAUAAUAUUAUGUUGCCUGCAAGUACGUUUUUGGUUGUUCAUUAGUCGAUGCCUCGUGAUACAUGUGUUUUCAGAACUGAUAAUUGCAAAUUGUGAAAAACCGAGGCUAGACUUGCAUGUUGAGAUACUGUACCCUUGUAUAUGUGUACUUGUGACCUGAAAGUGAAUGGGACCUAGACGCGUAGAUUCCUAGGGAUCCCACGGUGUCGAUAACCGUGAACCUCCGGAGGGGGCUGUGCUCCUAUGUUUGUCGAGGAAAGAUAAGUAUAGACAGUGAACCAGUCAUAGGAGACUCAAAGCCAAGAAAUGGACACUUUCGCUACUUGUAGUCGGAAGUACUACAGAGUAGUUGGCCGGUUCUCGUACUCAGGACGAACCAGGUCGGUCACUGAUUUAUUUUACUUUAGCCGGCAGGUAAGUAUCUCGGAGCUCCAAGUGUGUGAAGCAUACUGCACAUGUUUUAUGAAAGAAAACAAAUGUUUGUGGUUGCCACUUUUCUUAAAGCAUUUUUCGAUAAACGUGCACAAUAUUAUGUAGUAAUAUUUUCAAGUAUAUUAUUUUUCAAACCUAGCAUGGUUGGGUCGGCCCCUACUGGGCAUGCGAGGACGAAAGCUCACCCCUACUAUAGUGUGCAGGUUUCGAGCAUGUGGUCGGGAAGCGUACAGGGGAGACACAUGGCACGGCUUGGCGCAUUUCUCUUUAGUUUUAUCAAAAGAAGUUUGAGCACGACCUCCGCCGUAGCUGAAAGAAGGACCAUAUUGAUUUUUGAGAUUUUGGGUAUGAUGAUACAUGAAGACUCAUACUUGAUCUUCUGGGACUUUGACAUCACAUCGCAAAGAGUAGCAGCAUCAAAUCCUUUGCUCAAGGAUGCCUUUGUUAAGGCUUUUGCUAUUUGCAGGUUGGCGGUAGCGGAAGCCUCUAUAAAGCUUAUUGUUCUGGACGUACUGGUAGUUCUAGGUUUGGCUUUCCACCCACUUGAUGGGAUACUGCAGGCAGUUCCGCAUGUUAUAGCUCUGUUUCUUGUGCCAAUGCAUUUUACUACUCACACAACGCUCCUAUUUAUUGAAGCCAUAUAGACAACAAAUAUUCACGAUUGCAUCCAUGC